AUGCUGGAGGACUGCAAGCAGCUGGCGAACUUGGCCCUGCUUCAGGGGCAUUCGCUCACCUGUCAUGCCGACCCUCUCCAACCUCAUGAUGCCUACCAAUAUGCCCUACUCCUCUUGCCCAUUCUCCUCAUCUUGUCCCUUCAUGAGGAAACGCAAGAUACACCAAAGGCCGAAGUGAGAGCCGAGAGUAGGGGUGAAUGGCAAAGAUUGGUGGUAGAGCACUGUUUCAGGCUGACCAAGAGCCCCUCACCAAUGGUGCAGGGGGCCAUCCUCGCGCAGCAAACACCAUGUUGGUGGUCCAACAAUGAGGCAAAUGACGAGAACGGGGGGCGGGCAGGCGGCGCUCCCUCCGAACUUCAGGCAUCACGCCGUACGAGUGGUGUCCCGAGGGUGUCAUUUCUCAUGAAGCUCUACAUGCUCAAGUAUCCCGAGAAUCACCAUAUGGUUUGGUGGGACCCAGCCAGCGAGCACAUAAUCAUCCAGCGGCCAGUGCAGCUCCUGCUGCAUGUUCUCUACAAUGUGUACUGCCAAUUGUGCUUCACGAGCUUCUCUCGGCAACUCAAUAUCUAUGGCUUCAUGUGCAAGGUGAACAUGGCCAAUGUAGAUCAUGUGAUCAACGGCCCAGACACUAGCAUCACUGAUUGUCUAGUGUAA